AUGCCGCGCUACUAUUGCGAUUAUUGCGACACGUACCUCACGCAUGACUCGCAAGCAGGACGCAAGCAGCACAAUCGCGGCUGGAAACAUCGUGAAAACGUCAAGCUCUACUAUGAACAGUUUCUGGCCGGCCAGGGUGUCGUUAUGACGCCGGGUGAGUGGUUGCGCGGACCCAUGCCGACUGGCUCUUUACCCCCUCGACCCAGUGGACUCCAUAAUGGUGGAAUGCCCGGUGGGUAUCCACCUCGGGGUGGCCCUCCUCGAGGUCUGAUGCCUCCUCCAGGGAUACGACCACCCAUGUUUCGAGGACCUCCUCCACGUGGGCCUCCAAUGAUGGGAGGGAUGGACUUUAGGGGACUGCCGGGACCUGGAAGCAUGGGUGCACCAUCACCACGGUCGAUUUAUGGACCACCAUCGAGCGCCUAA